AUGCGCCGAGUACGGGAAGGUGCCAGGUGCCAGACGCAGGAGGGCACCGCUACUGCAGACGCCCAGCAAACGACGAGAUCGGGUACGGCGACAGCGACGACGUCGCCAAGAAGACAAAAGAGAGACGCUGGCGCGGCAGAAGCACGAGCGCUCCUGAAGCCGAGAGGCGUCCCACCGAGCGAGCGGGCGCAGGUGGUGGACCACGACGUCGACGAGUCUUGCGCGUCUCUCUCCCAAAAAAAGGCCGACCCCCCCGCAGCAGGCCACGGACCGCCGCCGCCUCGGCUCGACCGGCGCGCUCCACUGCUUGCAGGGCAGCUGGCUCGCACAUGGCCGGGCUCCGCCGUGCCCACGACCCACGACAUCGAAGCCACCACGUAUGUCUUCUCGGACGCUUGCGAGCAGGAAUCCGGCGAGUGGUGGAACGCGCUCGGAGAUAGGCGCUCCUCCCUGGAAGAUCAGACAACUGCACAAGCAUAA